GGUUGCAGUGACUUCCGGGUUUGCAGUCCAAACUUUUUCAGUUCAUUUUAGUUCAGUUUCUGCAUGUUUACUUGCUGUUUUGUGCUAAAUCUUUUAUCCUGCAACCCCUCCUCCAGUGGUCUAGACAUCAUGGCCGCCAAAACCGGUGGCAAAAAGAAGGCGGACAUGAAGGUGGUGAUCAUGGGAGACUUCGCCAUCGGGAAAACAGCCCUGCUCCAGAGGUACAUCAGCGGGGCCUUCCAGGACACUACAAGUACCAUAGGUGCCUCCUUUAUGCUGAAGCAAUGGGGACCAUACAACAUUGCCAUAUGGGAUACAGCUGGAAAUGAAAGGUACUCAGGCCUUACCACAUUUUAUGUCCGGGGUGCUUCUGCCGCCAUCCUCGCGUACGACAUCAGCGACCGGCGGACGUUCGACAUCCUACAGGAGCGGUUUCUCCCCAUCCUGGAGGGCGCCGAGGACGACUGCCUCAUCGCGGUCGUGGGCACGAAACUCGAUCUCGUGACGGAGGAAACGCGCCAGGUUCUACCAGAUGAGGCGGAAAACCUCGCCAAGGAACUGAACACCCCGAGAAACGAAAAGCACAGAACUGUGGCGGACAGAAAGCUGUCGUUUGAAACCAGCGCCAAGAGCGGCCACAACGUAGAAGAACUCUUUAGCGCCAUGUUUGAUAUCUGUCUGCCUCUGGACAAAGCACCAAAAACACCAAAGAGGAACACUAGUACGGUGGACUUAGAGGCACCGUCAUCUAACAAAGUACCGAUGGGAGAGAAGGCUGGCUGUUGUAAUUAAUAAGUCUUGAAAUAAUUGAUUUUCAAAUUCAGGAAAUAAAUGUUUGGAUAAGUAGGUGUCUAUAGCUGGUCAUUUUGCAAAUAGAUUUUUUCAAUCCAACCCUCAUUUCAGAGACUCUUACCAGUGUAGAGAAGUAUAUCGAAAAUCUGAAAAGGGAGUAGUUUUUUUUAAAGAAAAUCUUUGUUUUACCCAUUUAGGCUGCUUGCAAUGACUUCCAUACUACAUACCAGCCAUAAAUAGAAGUCUCCUGUACUUUCUUGUUGCCAGUGUCACCAUAGUGCCUUAUCAAUACAAAAGGACUAUUUCAGUAUCAAACAUUGACUGUUAUGAUAUGAUGAUUGACUUUUAUGCUGUCCAUUUCAAACUCCAUUGUAAUGUCUUGCCUUUGUCAGCAGAAAACUUAAUGUAAAUCAGAUGCUACAGGUAUUGAUUGAUUAGCCAUGGCACAUCCUCAAAUAAGCAUCGGUCUGGAAUUUAUGCCUAAUGUAUGUUGUUGGAGGUCAAUAAUUAUUGUUUUCCUAAUAUGAUUUAUGCCAAUGAUACUUGUGCCAAUGAGUAAAUGUUAACUAAUGAUCUUAAACCAUUUUUAUUCCAUAUCUGCUGAAAGAGGGGACAGUUACCAAUAUAAGGUUUAACUGAUUUGACAGUUUGUACAUGUAUACACAUCUUUUUAUUGACAAUGUCGCACCAACUUUACAUAUCACCAAAUGAAAAAAAUCCCACUUUUGUCUAAUAAUAUUCUAUGUUGCUGUAGACUUUAGUUCUGUCAUAUGAUUAUCAUUAAUUUUAUACAGUACUAGUGGUUUAUGAUCAUACAAUAUGUACGUGUCAGGGUCAGAGUUUUUUAAAAUAAUCUACAGUUUAUAUUCUGGUUUACUUAAACACAAAAUCAGAAUAUUUUACCACAAAUAUUUUUAUUCGCAUAUCACUAAACAUGAUACAUGUAAUUAUACACUAAUUUAUGGAAAUGUGACAGAUGUUAUUUUACAAAACGUACAUAGCAAUAGGAAAAUGAAUAGGUACAUAUAUCAAAGUAAUCAUACAUGUAGACCUCAAACAAAUCUGGCUAAAUGGAAUAAAAUGUAUUGGAAAUGUGAUCACUUAUGAUGUUUUGUGGGCUUCUUUCCUUUGUUUUACAUGUAUAUACAAUUGGAACUGUUACAAUAGUUC